ACUCUCCAUCACUCAACUCUUCCCUUUCAGAUCCUCACAAAGAGAGAGAGAGUGAGUGAGUGGAAGAUAAAACAACCCUAACCCAAGUUCUCCAAUCUAGAUUUCUGCCCCAGAAGAAUCGCAGAAUCGUGUCUUGAUUUCGAUUCACAAGCAUGUAAUUUAGGUCGUUCUGCAGUGUCGGUAUGGGGUCGGAUCAGAUCGAGGUGAAAUCGAUUAGGGUUCCGAGAAGGGUGUGGUUAGGGUUCCAGAAAUCAAUGGGUCUCCUCGUGGGUGGGAAUCACACCUCCUCCAGGUUUUGUGCCCGCUAAAACUCUCGAUUUCUUCUCGUUUUCUGGCUUUUUUCCUCUGAUCUGUUCUAGCAAGACAAUCUCCUGAAAGAAUUGGGGGUUUGUCCCCUUUUGUUGAAUUUCUCGACUUCAUCGGAAUUGGAAGCUGAAAUCCAUGGGUGUUAAGAUUCUGAGGCACAGAAUCGGCCAGGGAUCUACGGGGAGGCAUGCGAUGUUUCGCGCUCUGGUUAUUGCCUCAGCUCUGUCUGUUGUCCCUUUGAUGGAAGUAAUGUACGGAACCGAACUAGCAUCGGAAAAUGGUGACGCCCACAAUGAUUCGGCGUUGAAUCUGGCCGUUUUCGGGCAAGCUCUCUUCUCGGGGCCAAAACUGUUCGUAGAUAAGUUUGUCGAACCAUUCUGGGGCAAAUUUGAGACGGAGAAGCUGUCGGAAACUGUAACCGGUGGCAUUAUCGCUGAGUUAAUGGGUCUGAAACUGUUGCAUUAUGAUGCCAAAGUUCUCUACAUUGGUCGGGCACCGGAUUUGGCUGUUUCAGCGUUCAAAGGGUUUGGUUUCUCCGACACUCACGGGGUUCUUGGCCACCCCUUGUUUCCCUUCAUGCGCAAGAAUCAUGUUCAUGAGCUUGAUUUUACCGAAAGCUCUUUUGAUCUCGUGAUCAGUGGAGAUCUGGACCUUGUUAUUUCCCCUGUUCUUCUCGUGCUCGAAAUGGAGCGUGUGCUGAAGCCUGGUGGAAUUGGAGCAGUUAUCGUGAGUUCUAAGGGCAGUUCAUAUAUGAACGGUCUCGUCAAAUCUGCCAUCUCGAUUUCAUCAUGGCUUAAGCAGUCCGCGAUCGUGCAUGUGAACUACUUGGAUGAGUUCACAUUGGUUGUUUUCAAGAAGAACGUGACAGAUAAUUCUUCUUACUUUGGAGAGAUUCAGCUACCAAGUGAUUGCGGAUCUGUUGUGAACAAUAAACCCUACAUCAGGUUUUUGGAACCUCUAAUUGAGAGAAAGCCUAUCGAUUUUCCAAAAUCGAUCACUUACUUGCCCAAGCUCAUCGAUAUCUCCCUGAAGAAGAGGCUGGUCUACAUUGACAUUGGAGCAGGCGAGCAUCUGAACGCUAGUUUGUAUUCGAGCUGGUUCUUACCAUCAUACCCAGUUGACAGCAAGGCUUUCAACAUCUACUUUGUUGAUCACAAUACUUCAGUGAUGCUGUCUUACGUCAAGAAGCCCGGUGUCACCUUUGUCUAUCAUCCGGGUCUAGCUGGGGACAAGGCUACAUCUAAGAACGUCAAUGCCCACGAAGAUUUAGAACCAUUUCCAGAAGACGAGGGUUUUGAUUUUCUCGCUUGGUUCGAGGAAACCGUGAAGUAUGCUGAUUUCGUGGUUCUGAAAAUGAACACGAGCGAGGUGGAGAUGAAGUUCCUGUCGGGUCUACUCGAAAGUGGAGCCAUAUGCUUCAUAGAUGAGCUUUUCCUUCGAUGCCCGACUGAUUCAGACUGCUUGAGCAUACCUAGAGCUCUGAGAAGCAGAGGUGUGUUCGUCCACCAGUGGUGGGGAGAGUGAGACGACUCUGUUUGUAACUCAGUCGUAUUUAAGUGUCGUGUUUUCUGUUGUGUUGUUUGGUAUUUGAUCUCUUGUCAUGUCAGUGGUUGUGAGGGAUUGUCCCUCCCUGUUUACUGAUGUUUCUCCCCUUGGCCGCAGCAGCUACCGGCUAAGCUACUUUAACUAAAUAAGCAGCUGCCUGUUUGUGUUUGUUCAAGUGGAUUCCAUUGUUUGAUUUC